AUUACCAUGAUUUGCAGCGCAGCAUGCUGUUCUUCCUCUAUGCUUUUAACGUAACCAAGGUUCAAUUUUGCUCACUUGGCUUAACAGAGAGAUUGAGAUCGUUAAUUAUUUCUGCGAAAAUUGAAAGUUUGAAAAAAGAAUCAGAAAAGGAUGAGAAGGCGACCUGGAAUCGGAGGGUUGCAGACAGCUGCAGCAGCAAGGGAUCAGUAUCGGUUGCUUGGUGAGAAUGUCGCAAAGAUCAGAACCGAUUUGAUGAAGGAACAGCUUGCCACUUUUCGAUCCCAGCUUGAAGAUUUUGCUCGCAAGCACAAGAAUGACAUCCGCAAGAACCCUGCGUUCAGAUCACAGUUCCACGAGAUGUGUGCUAAAGUUGGAGUAGAUCCAUUGGCCUCAAACAAAGGUUUCUGGGCAGAGCUUUUAGGAAUUGGUGACUUCUAUUAUGAACUUGGAGUUCAAAUAGUCGAUAUUUGCUUGGCCACUAGACCACACAAUGGAGGACUGAUCAACCUUCAGGAACUCUGCCAUCUCCUUCGUCAGAGACGGAAAAGUGAUAGGGGAGUUGUUUCUGAGGAUGAUUGCCUUCGGGCUAUCAGCAAACUAAAGGUGUUGGGUAGCGGUUUUGAAGUUUUUUCAGUUGGUAAAAAAAAGCUUGUCCGUUCAGUUCCAACUGAGUUGAACAAAGACCACAAUGAAAUUCUAGAGCUUGCCCAGGCUCAAGGAUAUGUGACCGUUGAAGAAGUAGAGAGGCGGCUAUCUUGGACUUCGGGCCGUGCUAUUGAUGCACUUGAUACAUUACUUGAUGAAGGACUUGCAAUGAUCGAUGAUGGCCAUCGAGAUGGUAAACGGCGUUACUGGUUUCCCUGUGUAUCUCCCAUCUCAUCUUCAAUAGGAGUUGAUUCCUAACAAUUAAUUUAAUCAGGGAAAAAGCAUCUAGGUCAGAUUUUUUAUGACCUAUUUUUUUUACUCUUGCAAACGUGCAAGUUAAAACCUGUGUGUCCUUAUUUACUUUGUCCUAAAAUGUGUGAUUCAUUUUCAGUUUAUCUAGUUCACAGAAUAUGGUGUUUAGUUACCUGAAAUAUGUACUUAAUCUUCUACAAGUGCUGCUGAACAAUGAAGCAUUCAUGUACAAAAACUAGCUCCUAUGAGCUAUUGAUAAAGCAGGGUGGUACCAAAACCAAUAUACUAUC